UUUCUAAUUCAUGCUGGUCAAUAUCACAAAAGCGUUGUGGGUGCUGAUCCAAAAGUUCAAAGUGAAAAUGACCCUAUUGCGGUUGAGAUCGACAUUAGUAUCUACGCUUGCGAUGAGGACAGGCAGAUCACUGGAACACUCCCUCCGGAAAGUCAACUAAAAAAGGUUGCUCGUGAGAACGGUUUCACGAAAGUUGUCGAUCUUGAUUAUGAGCCCCCCAAAGCUGAUGUUGAUCGAGUCGAAAAUAAUGACGCUGUUCCAGAAUCCAAUAUGCAUGUGAUGCGAAAUAACUUCUUUCUCAAAUGGAAAUGGCCCUUAGCACUUGUGACAUUCAUCUGUUCCAUGGUUAGACAUCUAGCCUAG